UGCUUCCAGCCUAUACGAAAAGGACCUCUCUGCCUCGUCAGAUCAAGGACGGUGGGAUUGUCUACGGCAAUGCCUGCUCUGAACACCCCUCGAACCUUGGGAACAGCUCGGCGAUUUCCGUAGCAGAAGAGAAAAAGUGGUAUGAAAGGCUCGUGAGGAAAGCCGAAGGCUAUCCAUCCAGGCUUCCAGGAGAAGUCGAAUCGCGAGCGCUGUAAAAAGAAAAAAGAAAGAAAGAAAAAAGGCGCCGGGGUGGACGACCCAAACGACAGUUGAAGGUCCUACGUCAAGCGAGAGACCUGCGAGCGAAUUAGCGUGGCGAGGGGCGACAGGGCGCUAUGGCGUGGAGAGCAGAUUUACUUGCACAGUAUUCCCAAGUUUUAUGAAAACUGAUUGCCUGGUUGGUGAAGAGCUGAAUGUGCAGAGGAGAAAUUGCAUACUGCGACUUGGAUUGCUGCCAUCACUGUGACAUCCUGAUCACCAGGCAUCAUGUACUGUCUCCAGUGGUUACUGCCCGUCCUCCUCAUUCCCAAGCCCCUCAACCCAGCCUUGUGGUUCAGUCACUCAAUGUUCAUGGGCUUCUACCUUCUGAGUUUUUUGUUGGAGCGGAAACCUUGCACGAUCUGUGCCUUGGUCUUCUUGGCGGCUCUGUUUCUCAUCUGCUACAGCUGCUGGGGGAAUUGUUUCUUAUACCACUGCUCUGGUUCCCAACUGCCGGACUCUGCUCAUGAUCCCAAUGUAGUUGGCACCUAAAAUCUUCUAAUUUGUUGCACUUUUUUUUCCUUUUAAAAGGACGGUUUCAUGGGAAGGAGGGAAUAUAAGGCAUGUGAUUGGAGUACAUGUUUCGGUUAAAAUGUUUAAUUCAUGAUUAUCCGCACUUCCACAAUCUUCCUGUACAAUUUGACAAAAGUUGUUAUUAGUAAUAGCUGGUAGUGCUGUCUGUUCGAGGGUUUAAAGCAGAGCUGCUAAAUGGGUGCCAUGCCUUCCUUCGGCAUUAUUGUUUGAGUUUGGUCCUUCCAUUUCCAACUUGGGAGAGAAGAGACCUUUUUAGUGUUGUCUAAUGUCAAAUCAGAAGGUAGCCAUCCAUCCUUUCGAACAUGAGUGUCUGAUCUUGUUGAAACAGUUGGAAAGCUGUUUCUCCACCUUGAGUUCAGUAGAAAGCUAGUGCUUCUCACGGUGUUCAUCUGAAGGGGAACCAUCGAGUGGUUAAUAAACCCAACAGCACCUGGAGCCAGAGGCUGCUUAUUAUCUCAGCAGGCCAUCCUGGUAUAUUGCCCGUUUCCCAAACUACUAGUCUAUGUCGUAGCUCAAAAAUUCCAAAAUCAUCACGAUGCCAUUUUUGAUGCACAAAUGCUGAAGUUGUGUCUCUCUCUGUCUCUCUCUCUCUCUAUCCCACUCUGCCAAACAUCUACUUUUAAUGGAAGACCCUGAAUUGGAAAGAAAGCAUGCACUGCUGUAAAGCUUGGGAAAUCUUUUUUUAUUGUAUUGCUUUUGAAUUUUAAGCUGCCAGUGUUUCUAUUUUGAAAAAGCAAUCGGAGUGCGGGGAUGGAUCAGUAUACCAAGUCUGGUUUCUCCAUACCGAGGUGGGGUUGUCAGUGGAGUAAUGUGCUGCUUUUUUUCUUUUAGGCCAAAAGUAUUAUGUUAUCACAAGCAAAUGAGCCUGUGUUCACAUAUGUAGGUGAAAGAAAACAACAUCUGUUUAAAAUACAUAUCUUCAUAGGAUUCUGUGAAGCCAUUUUUCGAGUGGUACCUGGCUCAUGGUUUUGUUCUUCUUUCCAUUUCUCCACCAAGACUUUGCUUUCUUGCCUCCUCAAGAGCUAAUUGCUGGUGUAAAAUCGUAAGGUAGCCUGAGGAAAAAGCAAGCAGAUACUUAUUCUGUUACUUUCCAAAGUUAUUUUCUCAUUUGUCUCUACACAAUCUUCUUCGGAAGAAUGUUGCUGAAAAGACAUUUUAGUCUCUCAAAGGACAUGGAAAAGAAAAUCCAGUCGUGAAACCUCAGUAGUUUUUUUUUUAUUAUUAUUUUUGUUGGUUUGUUCAUUGCACAGCUGUUCAACAGAUUUAAUAAAGCUUUAUAAACUUUGGUCUGUGGAUUAGUGCCAUUUAUGAUGCAAUCACAUUUUCACUGGACUAAGACCUAUGCUUUCGCAGCAGCUUAUAUUUUUCACAACUUCCUAGAGCCAUUUUUAUUUCCAAAGUGAUUUGGUUGGAAACCAACUAGGUUUUCAUGUGCCAAUUUAGGCACUGACCUGACCAAUUUCACAAAAUGUUCCAGUGACUGUGAAUCUUGAUAUGGAAAACACUAGAGCUUCCUGGACAAUAAUGGGUAACAGAAUUCUUAAUUGGCUUUCCUAAUCUUUUAACUGUACAGGGAGUGUUUUAAGACCACAAUUGGGGCCGGAACAUCCUUUUCUGUUAAGUGAGCCAUGUCUGAUUUUACAACUUUUGUGCCAUGGUUGUUAAGCAAAUCACACAGUCAUUAAGCAAAUCUGGAAUCCCCACCCACCCAACUGAUUUUGCUUGUCGAAAGUUGGGUGAGAAGGUUGCAAAAUGCCAAUUAAGUGGUUGCAGGAUGCUGCAACCAUUAUAAACACAUGCUCCUUACCAAGUCUCCAAUUUGCCUAAAAUUGGGCAGCCAGUUUUGGUGGAGUCUAGAUUGCAGAUCUAGACGCGGUGGCUCGGGCUAGGCCGUUGAGCUUGUUGAUUGAAAGGUCGGCAGCUCAGCGGUUCGAAUCCUUAAUGCUGCUGUGUAAUGGGGUGAGCUCCCGUUACUUGUCCCAGCUUCUGCCAACCUAGCAGUUUCGAAAGCACGUAAAAAUGCAAGUAGAAAAAAUAGGGACCACCUUGGUGGGAAAGUAACAGCGUUCCGUGCGCCUUUGGCGUUGAGUCAUGCCGGCCACAUGACCAUGGAGACGUCUUUGGACAGUGCUGGCUCUUCGGCUUUGAAACGGAGAUGAGCACCGCCCCCUAGAGUCGGCAACGACUAGCAUGUAUGUGCAAGGGGAACCUUUAGCUUUACCUUUAGAUUGCAUUAAUCUUGGUUUUUUGUAAUGUAAGAAUUGCUUGAAUUGUGUGUAAGUAAUAGCCUCGGUAGUUUUACUAAAAAUAUAUAUUUUUCCUGAUUAUUUAUUUAUAGGACAUAAGCUGAUCAAAUUUCUUCUCUGACAUUUUUUCAAAACUCUGCAUUAGCAGUUUCUUUUUCUGUCCCGGGAGGCUCAUAAACAAAACUACAAAAGUUACAUUACUGUAGCUUCUUAUCUCCUUUGCAGCUUUAAUUUGCCUGAUAUCAAAUGUGAAAUUCUCUGACAUUGGUCUAUUGAGGGAAUUUGUAUAUGUUAAUCAAGAAAGAGGUGGGGAUGCAGGAAGAGAAAUAAAUUAUAAAACACAGGUUUAAAUUAUUAUAAAAUUCAAGUUUUGGUAAUUAUGUAGCAUUUCUAAGGUUUUGAAAUAAAUAUGCUUGCUAUAAAUUUUA